AUGUCUCUCCGCCGCCUUCUCCAGCUGCUUGCCAUCAUGUGGCCGGGCUACGUGCAUUCGUUCGUGCUCCCCCUCGUAGUGGCGCUGCCCAACGCCAUCGCCGACAUGGUUGUCGCGGCCACCAUGAUGACGACUCGAGUCUUCGUCCGUGGGGACCGUUUAGACGCCCGAUGGCGUUGGAUGCGACUGCUGCAACAGCUUCCCGACGCCCGCUUUUACGAUUACCUGCGCGUUGACCGUCGCGUUUACGUCUACCUCGUGCGGCAUUACGAGCUCAGUGGAUUCGGGCGACCGAACCAGCCCGACGGCAACUUUAUGAAAGUGGCGUUGGCACUCACUCGGAUGGGACAUGGAUGGAGCUACAGGGAGCUCGGCCUUCACUUUGGAUUCAGUGUCUCCUACGCCAAAAAAGUCUACGACAUCUUCAUCGUGUUUGUGACGACCUGGCUAGUCCCGAAGUGGGUUAAGUGGCCAACGCUCGACGACUUGGGGCGUAUGGCGGCGGAAUUUCGCAUGAGAGGAGGCAUCCCCGGAGUCGUGGGCGCCAUUGAUGGAACCUACAUCCGAACGCGGGGCUGGGGCAUUCACCGAGAGGACUUCCGCAAUCGAAAAGGCUUUUUCUCCAUCAUUUUACAAAUCAUAUGCGACUCUGCCGGCUACAUUUGGGACUUUUUUGCAGGAUGGCCGGGCUCCGUGAAUGAUGCCCGUGUGUUCAACAAUAGUCCUGCACAUGCUAGGAUCGAAGCGGGAGACCUACAUGACUACGUUAUUGUGUCCGAUGCCGCAUAUGGUCUACAUUCCUACACAUACACUCCAUUUCGUGCUACUCCCGGCAGGCCCCUACCUAGUGCUAUGCAUGUUUGGAACUUGCAACAGUCUCGGACCAGAAUGGUAGUGGAGCAGGUCUUUGGCCGACUCAAAGGCAAAUGGAGGGUGUUGGACGGCCGCAUGGAGAGUCACAUCGGGCGGGUUGUGGCCACGGUUUCAGCAGCCGUGGUGAUUCAUAACAUCGAGCUUGUGCUCGGCGAACGCCCUCGCCUCGGUGUCCCCCGCGAGCGCAACCUCUGGUGGCUUGCGGGUCCGGUGGCGAACGCACCGCAUUACCGCCCCUCCACGCCCGGCUUCACUCCGAAUCGUCGUCGGAGUCGACUGGCGGGGUACUCUUACGCUUCCUGGAGGCUCGGUCAUCCCUCCUUGAGCCGGCCAAUUCUCGGCCUUGCCACGCUCGCGAUGCAUCCCAUAGUCACGCGGGUCCGCAUUCCCCUCUCCCACAGGAGGCGUCCCCGUCCGGCGGACGACGCUACCGCCCCGGAUCGCAACGCCCGUCGCCGCGGCGGGAGCAACUGA